AAGAUAUUCUGGCAUUAUUGUUGUGAAUUUUUACAUUUUCGUAAGUGACUUUUGAGUAAUUGAUAUUACACCUAUUCUGGAAUAUUUUGCCUUCUGAAGAAAUUUGAAUAAUUGGAAAAUCGGUAAAUGAGAAGGACGCCAUUAUAGGACAGACGUUAGGAAGGGUAAUCUUGCAUCGUGCUUGCUCUAUCAUUUUGGUUGAAUCGAUUGACGCGCCGCAGUCAAGUCUAGUCUUUGUAACACAACCGUGUGUUCUUGAAACAUCAGUUGUUAUCCUGUUUAAUUAUCGAAUAAGUUAUUAGAAUUAGAGCAAUAUGUCAGCCCCCGACAAAGAUGAAUUAGUUCAAAGGGCAAAAUUGGCCGAGCAAGCUGAGAGGUACGAUGAUAUGGCAUCAGCGAUGAAAUCUGUCACAGAGACUGGUGUGGAGCUCAGUAACGAAGAAAGGAACCUCCUGUCGGUGGCUUACAAAAAUGUCGUUGGUGCAAGAAGAUCAUCGUGGAGGGUAAUUUCUUCAAUUGAACAAAAGACUGAGGGUUCGGAACGUAAACAACAGAUGGCUAAGGAAUACAGGGAAAAGGUUGAGAAAGAACUCCGAGAAAUCUGCGACGAUGUAUUGGGCCUCUUGGAUAAAUACCUAAUUCCAAAAGCUAGCAACGCAGAGUCCAAAGUUUUCUACCUUAAGAUGAAGGGUGACUAUUACAGGUAUUUGGCAGAGGUAGCGACUGGAGAUACAAGAAAUACCGUGGUCGAUUAUUCACAAAAGGCAUACCAAGAUGCUUUUGAAAUCUCAAAGGCCAAAAUGACUCCAACACAUCCAAUUAGAUUGGGUCUUGCACUCAAUUUCUCAGUCUUCUAUUAUGAGAUAUUAAAUUCACCAGACAAGGCUUGUCAGUUGGCCAAACAGGCAUUCGAUGAUGCAAUAGCAGAACUCGAUACACUUAACGAAGACUCCUAUAAAGACAGCACCCUCAUUAUGCAGCUGCUUAGAGAUAACCUUACUCUAUGGACGAGUGAUACACAGGGCGAAGCAGAUGAGACCCAAGAAGCGGGUGACAAUUGAAAAAAGUGUGGCGUCCGUUUUUAAAUUUAUUCGUUGAAAAUGAAAUUUCAUGUAAGUUAACGUAUUUGUGGAACUUGGUUGUGAAGUUUCAUUGACAGUUUAAAACGAGUUUCACUCAGCUGAAACUUUUGAUAUUUAACAAUGUUUUUAGAAAUAUAAUGUACAUUCAUUACAGAUUAUAUGUCACAUUUUCACACAGCCCAGCAAACUUAAAAAAAAAAAUGAAGAAUUCCACAAUUUUUGUUUUAAAAGAGGCCAAUUAAUCGAAUUUGCUGGUACUUGUGUGAUUAGGUGUUCUUCUUAUACAAAAUGGUUGAAUCAUUUUUUUUUGCAAUUUCUCUCCAUCACUGUUGUAAUAAUUUAUUUGAAAUUUCAGUAAUUUAGUUCUAACUUGUUAACUAUUAAAAUUUAUUUAAUAAUUCUGUUUUUAGUUCUUUUUCAAUCCAUUAUUUUUGUAACUUGUCUCCAUUGUUUUGAAACUUCUCGUAUACCUUUAAAAUCAUUUUUUUUUUGAGAUGAUUGAAGGAAAUAAUGUACAUUUUUUAGUACACCGUUUAAUUUCGCACUCGGUUGCAUGAGCCCUAAUCCUCUUUGUUUUGACCGUCGAACUCACUUUGGAUGUGCUAUAUAUAAAUGUAUGAAUAUGUAUUAAAAGUAAACUGCUAUCAGCUCUACUUGUUUUCUGUUGUAUCUGUCAAUUAUAUUGGUCAGAUAACAAUAAAUUUUUCAAAAUCUC